AUGGACACGGACAAGGACACGGGGGAGCCACCUCGCUUCGCUUGGAACACACGCCUCUUCUGGGACCUCGUGGAUUUCCCAUACCCUCACGAUCGCGAUUUGCAUCGAUUUUAUUUUCAUGUCCGACAUGCUAUUGCAGAGAGUUCUAGUGUUGGUCGGCUGUCAAUCCAUGCUUAUGGUGAGGAACUAACUGAUCGAAAGAUGAACACGUUUUACAAUGCCAGAAUCUCACUCGAAUACGGACCGGCUGACAAACUUGAGAGACUCAACAAGAUGCUAGUUGACAUGCUUGAGUUUGCUCACAUCACGCCUCGUCCCGAUAAUGUAAAUCUACUCAUCGCUUCAAAAGACAUGCCAGAUCAAGACACUGAGUUGUUCGAUGUAAUGGAGGCUAUGAGAAUGAGAGGUUGCAGGGUCUUCUUUGUGGUGCCUGAUGAUUCCCAGUUUCCACCUAGAGAUUCUGCAAGCUUAGUGUGGCGUUGGGAUGUUCUGCUUGAUGGAGGUUCCCCGACCGUAACCAAUACGGAUUCGGUUUCGGUUUCACAAGGUGCCCUGAAGGCAGUUGGGAAGACAGGCGUGUUCUGGGACGUGGAUGAUUUCCCAUUCCCCCAAUCAGGUCGCGGAAUUCGUGAGAUUGUCAAAUCUAUUUUUAAGAAACAGUAUAACGAGACUGAGGUGUCAAUCAGGGUUUAUGGUGGGGAAAUUCAGUUCACGACUGAAUUUCUCGACAUGCAUAGAUUCACCUUCGUAAAGAGAAGUGAUAAAUAUUCGAGACUUAACAAGAUGUUACUAGACAUUGGUUUGUGGGUUUUGGACGCUCCGAAACAUUGUCCUCUCCCAAGUAACGUGGUGGUAGCGGCCAAAAACAUCAAGGAGAAGACUGAGUAUGUCCGUUAUCUUGAAAAUCUGAAUUCAGUAAAUUUCAGGGUUUUCGUAGUGGUCCCCGAUGAUGUCAAACCAGAAGAAGUCAAUAUUCCUAGUGUAAUGAGGGCAUGGUAUUGGAAAGACGUACAAGUCUUAGGAAAGCCUAUCCCCAGAGACGAAUAUCGAGCCCUUUUAGCUCGUGGAGAACGCAAUGAGACACUCUUCAAUCCCGAUAAUUGUGGUAAAGAUGCCGAUGAUGGUGGUGAAGAUGCCGAUGACGAAGCUUGUCAUAGGUUGAUUCACUACUAG